UGAGCACUUGGGGUUUCAUGUAAAUCAACCAGACGUUCUGUCAUUCACCAGCAAUAUCUCUCCAUAGUAUUCUACACCCAUGUGCCUUCAAGAAAUAUUUCAUUAUGCCGGUGGAAGAAAUAUUCAAAUGAAUGUGCUUUUUCAGGGAUGGUGACACCAGAAUGUUUUAAAUCUGUUCAUUACCACAACAAGGAUAAAUGGCAUUUCUGCCAAAGACUUUUGAUAACGGGUGCAGUAAUGCAUGCCAGCACUUUCUGAAAUUAAAAGUUCUACCCUGAGAGGUUUUGCAUGCUUACCUAGGAAUGCUCCUUGAAAAGAUAAUCUCCUCGGACAUAAAAGCCCAGCCACAAAAAAAAGUCUCUCUAAGGUCAGCAGUUUCGAGAUGACGAAGUGAAAAUUUGAUUCUAAUCUGUUCACGGACUCUACAAAUCCCAAAAUGUCUUCCUGAAGAACCCAAUGGGGGGAGAAUACAAACAACCUCAUGAACUUAGCUAUUGAUCAUAUAUAUUUUGAAUUGUCACUCUUUCACUCAACAAAUAAAUGUCUCCCAUGUGCCAAAUCAUGGACUAAAAGUUGGAACAGCACAUUGCAAAGAGAACUGGUUCCCUAGCCUGAGGGUUUCAGAAUCUUGGGCACCGUCGUUUCUGUUUUCAUCUUUGUUGUCGUUGUUUUAAGACAUUCUUAUUUUUAUUUUCUUUGAUUUUUAUAUGUUAUGGUUAUUUCCAAUAACAUUUUUAAGAAUUUUUUACUUAUAAAAAUAUAUUUCAUUUAAUUUGAAAAAUAAGGAAACAGCACUUUGCUUUUCCUAGCCUGCUUUCUCAUUUACUGUAAGACAAUGAUUUUUCUUUUUCAGGGUUUAUUUCCAUUCUUUGCAAAGGAUUUAACAAUGAAAUACAAAAAUCUCAGGAUACAGAGAAACUAACAGAACUUACACAAAAAUUUCUACUGAAUGAAUUUCCCCACCUUCUUGGUGAUUGUACACCUGCCUUCCUUAUAAGGAGAACAAGGAAGUAAAUCACGUUGAAGUUGCUUUUAAACACAGCUUUUCUGCUUUACCUGUCCAGGUAGCCUCUGUUUUCAUUUCAGUCUUAAUGAAAACACUCUAAAUCACAUCUCAAGUUUCUUUUCAAAGCAGUCAAGAACUGAAACGAAUGGGGAUUGAACUGCUUUGCCUGUUCUUUCUAUUUCUAGGAAGGAAUGAUCAUGUACAAGGUGGCUGUACCCUGGGAGGUGCAGAAACCUGUGAAGACUGCCUGCUCAUUGGACCUCAGUGUGCCUGGUGUGCUCAGGAGAAUUUUACCCGUCCAUCUGGAGUUGGUGAAAGGUGUGAUACCCCAGCAAACCUAUUAGCUAAAGGAUGUCAAUUAAACUUCAUCGAAAACCCUGUCUCCCAAGUAGAAAUACUUAAAAAUAAGCCUCUCAGUGUAGGCACACAGAAAAAUAGUUCUGACAUUGUUCAGAUUGCGCCUCAAAGCUUGAUCCUUAAGUUGAGACCAGGUGGUGCGCAGACUCUGCAAGUGCAUGUCCGCCAGACCGAGGACUAUCCAGUGGAUUUGUAUUACCUCAUGGACCUCUCCGCCUCCAUGGAUGAUGACCUCCACACAAUCAAGGAGCUGGGCUCCCGGCUUUCCAAGGAGAUGUCUAAAUUAACCAGCAACUUUAGACUGGGCUUCGGAUCAUUUGUGGAAAAACCUGUAUCCCCUUUUGUGAAAACAACACCAGAAGAAAUUGCCAACCCUUGCAGUAGUAUUCCAUACUUCUGUUUACCUACAUUUGGAUUCAAACACAUUUUGCCAUUGACAAAUGAUGCUGAAAGAUUCAAUGAAAUUGUGAAGAAUCAGAAAAUUUCUGCUAAUAUCGACACGCCCGAAGGUGGAUUUGAUGCAAUUAUGCAAGCUGCUGUAUGUAAGGAAAAAAUUGGCUGGCGGAAUGACUCCCUCCACCUUCUGGUCUUUGUGAGUGAUGCUGAUUCUCAUUUUGGAAUGGACAGCAAACUGGCAGGCAUCGUCAUUCCUAAUGAUGGGCUCUGUCACUUGGACAGCAAGAAUGAAUACUCCAUGUCAACUCUCUUGGAAUAUCCAACAAUUGGACAACUCAUUGAUAAACUGGUACAAAACAACGUGUUAUUGAUCUUCGCUGUAACCCAAGAACAAGUUCAUUUAUACGAGAACUACGCAAAACUUAUUCCUGGAGCUACAGUAGGGGUACUUCAGAAGGACUCCGGAAAUAUUCUCCAGCUGAUCAUCUCAGCUUAUGAAGAACUGCGGUCUGAGGUGGAACUGGAAGUAUUAGGAGACACUGAAGGACUCAACUUGUCAUUUACAGCCAUCUGUAACAACGGUACUCUCUUCCCACACCAAAAGAAAUGCUCUCACAUGAAAGUGGGGGACACAGCUUCCUUCAACGUGACUGUGAAUAUCCCAAACUGUGAGAGAAGAAGCAGGCACAUUAUUAUAAAGCCUGUGGGGCUGGGGGAUGCCCUGGAAAUACUUAUCAGUCCAGAAUGCAAUUGCGACUGUCAGAAAGAAGUGGAAGUGAACAGCUCCAAAUGUCACCAUGGGAACGGCUCCUUCCAGUGCGGGGUGUGUGCCUGCCACCCCGGCCACAUGGGGCCUCACUGUGAGUGUGGCGAGGACAUGCUGAGCACGGAUUCCUGCAAAGAGGCCCCAGAUCAUCCCUCCUGCAGCGGAAGGGGUGACUGCUACUGUGGGCAGUGCAUCUGUCACUUGUCUCCCUAUGGAAACAUCUAUGGGCCUUAUUGUCAGUGUGACAAUUUCUCCUGCGUGAGACACAAGGGGCUGCUCUGCGGAGAUAACGGCGACUGUGACUGUGGUGAAUGUGUGUGCAGGAGCGGCUGGACUGGCGAGCACUGCAACUGCACCACCAGCACGGACUCCUGCGUCUCUGAAGACGGAGUGCUCUGCAGCGGGCGAGGGGACUGCGUUUGUGGCAAGUGUGUUUGCACAAACCCCGGAGCCUCAGGACCAACCUGCGAACGAUGUCCUACCUGUGGUGACCCCUGUAACUCAAAACGGAGCUGCAUUGAAUGCCACCUGUCAGCAAUUGGCCAAGCCCGAGAAGAAUGUGUGGACAAGUGCAAACUAGCUGGUGCGACCAUCAGUGAAGAAGAAGAUUUCUCAAAGGAUGGUUCUGUUUCCUGCUCUCUGCAAGGAGAAAAUGAAUGUCUUAUUACAUUCCUAAUGACUACAGAUAAUGAGGGGAAAACCAUCAUUCACAGCAUCAAUGAAAAAGAUUGUCCAAAGCCUCCAAACAUUCCCAUGAUCAUGUUGGGGGUUUCCCUGGCAAUUCUUCUCAUUGGGGUUGUCCUACUGUGUAUCUGGAAGCUGCUGGUGUCAUUUCAUGAUCGUAAAGAAGUUGCUAAAUUUGAAGCAGAACGAUCAAAAGCCAAGUGGCAAACGGGAACGAAUCCACUCUACAGAGGCUCCACCAGUACUUUUAAAAAUGUAACCUAUAAACACAGGGAAAAACAAAAGGUGGACCUUUCCACAGAUGGAUAGAACCACUUUAUGCAUGAAAAAAGUCUGUUCACUGAUAUGAAAUGUUAAUGCACUAUUUAAUUUUUCUUUCUUUGUUGCUUCAAAAUGAGGUUGGUUUAAGAUAAUAAUAGGACAUUUGGAGAUAAGUCAUUCUCUACAUGAAGGUGAGAGACUGUUGGCAGGUUCAAAAUAAUCAAGAAGAGAAAUAUCCUUAGCAAAGAGGUGACUUUGGGGAUCAUUUGAGGAAUACUAACUCUGUUGCAUUAAUCCCUCAAAAAAAUCAUCAAAAUGAUUCAUGGGGGCUUGAUUUGCAUUUGAAAAAUGUUUGAAAUUAGAAUCUCAUUUGUUUCAGGAAUGCAGCUACCUGAGUUCUUUGUCUCAGCAAAGUCACAAAGCCCAUAUACUCAGAUUAUGUAUCUAUACUUGCCAAUUAAUUCUAAACCCGUAGGAAGUAUACCCUCUCUUAAUCUAUGAGAAAUGAGAUUCUGGUUUUACUUUAGCUAAGAGGAUGCAAUUCUUCUAAAGAUAUCCCAAAUAUAAGAUUGAACAUUAGGUGAUAAUAAUUUUUGUGCAUUUAUACACACUUAAAUGUUAAGUACGAAUUUUGUUUUACAAAUGAGGAAGAAAUAAUUUAUAAAUUAAGAAGUCACUUAUAAAAAUAAAAAGAUAACAACUCUAUCAGUUUAUUUUUAAAUUACCUGAAAAAUGAUCUUCUACACUCAGUUUUCUUUUUGACCCUGAGUUUUCAAACUGUUACUUCUCUUAUAUUUCUCAGUCCAUUUCACUCAGGUGCACGGUCUUUUAAACCCUGUAAUUGUCAAACAAAAGUUUCUUUUAAAAAAAAAUUACCCUAAAUGGUUAUUUUAUUCAAAGAGAGCUCCAAUAAUAUAAACGGAACAUGUGUUAAACAGAAUAAAAUUUUUAAUGGCUCAAGUCAAGCAUAUCAAGAGUAUACAAGUCUUAAAGGCUUUUUAAUACAUAUUCUUUUCCCAUCUACAUAACCCAACUUGCACAUUUUAGCUGCAUGUGGUGAAUAUGCAUCAUAUAUUUACUUUAAGAGAUAAGACUUCACUUGCAAAAUACAUGUGCAAAUUAGGGAUCCAUCAGUUGAUGGAAGAGAUGGACUCUAGAAUAUUAUUUCUUAUGGUUAUUACUUCUUUACAAAGCACUUUAAUCUCACUUGAUCCUCAUAAGGAAACUAAGGCUCGGAGUGAGUAGAACUGGGUUCAGAAUCUAGAUCUUCUAACUCCAAGUCAUUUCCUCUUUCCACUGCAGGAAACUGCCUCUUUCGUCAGUGAAAUAAUAGAAAGAUUGUGUUAAGCAGUAACAGUCAUUUCUUUGAAAAUGUACUGAGACUAAACAAAUAACAUUUAAACUACUGGCAUACAGAUGAGGUAUUGUACUUUGUGCAAUGUUUAUUAUCUUUGAUUAAUUGUAAUGUGAAGCCUUUUACUAGGUGAAUAGCUCAUGAUGUAGUAGAGGCUUUGUGGUUGUCCACUGAAUUGUCACAGCAAAAUCUGUAAGUUUCUUCAGUUCUACAAGAUAGAUCUGUAUACAUUUGAUCAUUUGGAGACUCUUUUUCUGCUGGUUUCUGAAUAACUCAAGUAAAUCAGACCUUUAUGGAGUACCCAGCUAGAUGAAAGAAUUAUUGAACAAUCACCUUGAAAAUCUGAAGGGCUGAUAUACCUCCUAUGUUUCCUGACUGGAGCACAGAACCCGGGAGAAAUCUGCUGCAACAUAUAGGUUGCAAUGCUGAUGACACAACAACAGUCGUCUCCUCUAUGUGGACUUACUGUUGUAUUUUUGUAUUAUUAUUGGAAUGGGAUUUUAGAAAAUAGAAGUUACCUUUGUGUGUGUUUUAGGGUAGAGUAGAAUCUGCUCUUUCUCUGAGUACUGUUUUGACCCCAGGCAGGAUCUUGGAAAGGCCAAAACAUUAACAGUAGUACUUCUGUUCACUGAAGAGUUAUGUUACAUGAAGAUAAAAUGGUUUUGAUGUGUUUAUUAUUGUAUUUUGUGUUGAUGUAAAUAAACAUGGUAAUUUAAACAAUGAA